UGUAGGUACCAUUCCUAAUCAUCACUGAUUAUCAUUAUUUUUACAAAAAAAAAGUCAUAUGUCUGCAUCCUCAGUUAUUUCUUCAUUCAUAGCAGCCAGUCUUCCAGUUGAGUUACCUUCGAAUAAUUGUGCACUUAUAAUACAAAGAAAAUGAGUGGUCUCUACCUACACAGCCCACAGCAGCCCUGCUACAAAGACUGCUGCCCACUAAGCCCUUGCGGCAACAAAGGUGAACACGUUUUCAUCAGGGGAAAACCAAUUUUGGCUUGCGUCCACUCGUCAGAACCCCAAUUGGUAUGUUCGGUAUCGCCAAAACUGCUUCCACCCACCAAUACAACAGUGGUGAUGUACCAAAAAUCUCCGACCAAAGUUUCGCACGACGAGGACUGCUUCAGGAGGGGCUCCAGCUUGCCCUGUCCUUUCGGUCGUUGCGACCAGAAAUACGACGACCUAUUCGGGCACUUUUUCAAGAAGCACGAUUUCAUAAGGGCCGGCUUGGACGUCCCCCUGUUCUACAGGCUCAAAAACAUCACCCGUGACUUGUUCAUCGUGUACGAGGCCCGAAACGAUGUGUUUUUCGUCGGGAACAUCGAAGACUCUUAUCAGAAGACCGUUUUCUUCGAGAUGUACGUCAUUUAUAACUACAAGAAGUCUUGCUGUGGACACCCCAAAUUCGUUUUUACGAUUCCAGGCGUCGUUCACAAUUCCUCGAUACAAUUGUACAGGAAUAAAUACUCGGUGGGAAAAAGUGCCAGGAGGGUUGAGAUCCUGAAGGAUAAACUCAAGAAAUCAUCUGGUUCCAAAAUGUUCUACGACCUUGAAAUUAUCGUUAGGCAGCUGCCCAAAUAUUAGUGAUAUUUUUUAUAUUUGUCGACAUUUUGUAUUAUUGGUUUGUGACUUUUGGUUUAUAUGUUCAGAGUUGAUAUGGAGCGCCGAAUUGUACAAAAUACUUAUUCUAUAAUUCUAUUAAUUGUUUAGCGUUUUCACUUUGAACUUUUGUGAUGUCUUUAUAUGUUUCGAUUGAUCUAAAUUCUACUACCUCAAGUUGUUUUUAAUUGUAUGUUUUCUACUAAUUAUCAUCCCCAUUCAGAGUUUGGGGUUGCAAAAAAAUGUGAAUUGAUUUUAUAUUUUAUAUUAUGUAGACUGAUAAAUUGAAUAAACAUGUGUUUACUUGAAA